UUAUUCCCUCCUCCCUAAAUAUCUCCGAGAAAGCUGAGCAGCUUCCCUUCCUCUGCCACGCGUGUACGUGCGUUUAACGGGAGUUGUGGCGCGGGGCUACACCUCCAAACGAACGGCUGCGCACCUGCGGCGUGAGCAGCGGGACCGCCUUCUGCCCCUGCGGAAUCAUUUGCUCUGUUUUCAGCGGCUUCAGAACCAAUCGUGUGAUGCCUCCAAACCUGACAGACCACUUUGUCUCUCCUCCCCCCUCCCUGAGUUCUAGAGUUCGUCAGCGGCUCCGCACCGCUUCGGAAGGAGCUUCGUUGGUUCGUGCAGUCGGAAAUUACACAUCCCUACGCUUAAAAUAAUAGCGGUAAUAGUAAUAAUAAAAGUAAUAAUGGAAAAGUAAGAAAGGUAUGCUGACGUUGCAGUAUAUUCAGGGGCUGCUCUGAAGAAGUAGCAGCCCGAUUUGAGGCGCGUUCUGAACACGCGGGCAGCAGACGGAGGAUGGUCCGAACGAGAAGAUGAGUGCCUGUGGGCAGUGCCAGUCCUUACGGGCGGGGUAAGGAAAAGGGGAAAAUGCGAAUCCCAGAGCGGGAGUGUGAGUGCUCCCGUGCUUCACAUCACAGCAGAGACACGUAGAGAGCUGAUCUCUACCGCGUGAUCUGAUCUGAAAGGAAAUCGGUCCUUUUAGUCAGUUUAUCUUCCUCCCUUCCUCCCUUCCUCCCUUCCUUCCAAGUAAUUUUGAAGGCAAACAUUUCGGCCCACAUCAGAACAGAAACUAUAUUAAUGGGUAGUUUUUACUCUGCCAAUUUAAGUAAUAAUAACUUUCAUUUCACUCUGACUUCGCGGUCUGUAUUUAUUACAUCGGUCGUUUCACUUAACAGCAGCAUUUAGAAAUGAACAACCGAUUUAGAAGUGAGGACAAUCACUGAACACAGAACCCGCCGUUUACCACGUAUUUGUUUUAUUUAUCUUAAAGCGCUCGAAUAUGUUUUAGUGCAACCCCUUUUUAAAUAUAAUUUCAUUUUUUCCUUGGUGAUUUUAUUCCGAUGCCAUUGACACAUCCUCUCCCUCUGCUAUCGUAGGAUACAUGGGUACAUAUAACCACCCUAAAACGCAUAAACACCCUAAAAAGUUUGGUGCUGUUUUCCCACGCAGCCCGCAGAGUCCAUCGGAAGGGGCGCACCGCACCGCAUUGCACCGCACCGCGCGGGUGUGCUGGAUGGCACUCGCGGUGCGCUGCCAACGUCGCUAUGGAAGGAUUGGGCUCCGGGCUCUGCCGUCCCGAAGAGGAGACUGGGACCUGUGCUCCCGUUGCAUACCCACAGUCGGCACCGACUUCGAAGGAACCGCGCGGGGCUUUCUUCGCCCACUCGCGACGUGGGAGCCCCUCGCCCUCCUCCUUCCUCGUGCCCCAGCCCCGUGGGGGCUGUCCCACCCUUGGACAAGAGGGGAGGGGUGGGGGAGCCAUGUCUCAUCCCGGCGCGGGACAGCACCACAGCCGCCCCUCCUCUCCCUCCCCCCUCUCACCCUCUCCUCUCCGCUGGUCGAGGAGCACAGAGAUGGAAAAGUCACUGCGGGUGUGUACCCCUCCGGUACCGACGUGUUCCUUUCCGCUCCCGCCGCGCGGUGCCGCAGGAGGAGUGAAGGGGCGGUGAGUGCGGGUGAAGGCGGGCGCUCCCGUUAUCCCCGCACCACUUCGUGCGCCUCCCGGAGCCGCCCGGGAGGGACGUACGGAACUUUUCGUCCCGGAGAGGAAGGUCUGUCCGUCUGUCUGUGUGUGCGUCUGUCCAAACACACGUCCUGAGGGCGGGCCGCUGUCUUCUCCGAGGAUGUGGGGCAGUGUGUGUGCGAUUCACGCAUUUCCUCGGAGUGACAAAGAGAUGCCCCGCGGUUUAAUAUAAAUACUUCGCAGCCGUGUGCGCGAGGUCUGGUCCCGGUGUGAAUGGUCAGUGCGGUGUUAUUUGAUCGAACAGGGUAAGAUAAGGUAAAAUAAGAGGUAAAAUGAAAGAAGAGCAGACACGUUUUUCUUUUCUUUGGCCGAAGCCCUGCUGGGGUCUGCUGAGACACAGAACCACAGUUCCUGGCAGGAGGGCUUGGGGGCAGCGAAGGAGAAUGGCUAAUGAAGGACUGAAAUUAACA